CAUAUUUCGUUUAAGGUUUAAACGUUUACGCUUCAGUCAAUUAAGUAUAUGAGCAUUAUCUUUGAGCUUACUAAGUAAAAUGAACAUGGUUCAUGAAAGUAGAUAAGUUAAACAAACAAAUAUAAGUAUAUAAUAAGUAGGGUUUAGUGCAGGUGAUUCAGUCUAAUGUCUAACCAUGUUCGGGCACGCUAAGUUUGCACGAAUUCUGUGCUUUUUCGUUACUUUAAUUGUGUCUCAGGAUAUUUUAAUCCAAGGACAGUUGUUUAAUAGUGGCAAUGGGAUAGGUCUUUAUGAAUACAACUAUGAAUCACCUUUAAACAAAGAGGAAAUGGUCGAGUUUCGGCUACCAACAAAUGUUUUGCCAAAAUCGUAUGUACUGAAUAUUGAACCUAACUUUGAAGAUUUCACAUUUAGAGGUUCUGUAAAUAUAAUUGUUAACAUUAAGGAUGAUGUUAAACAAAUUAAAUUAAAUGCCAAAGAUUUAAACAUAACAAAUAUCUCAGUAAGUUCAAUAAAUGCGAACUCAGUUCAAGACAUUAAAUAUCAAUAUGUGCCUCGAGAUGAACAAUUGAUUAUUUCUAAAGACCACGGACUUGAUUUUCAUGCAAAUGUAGAACAUAGUAUAAUGAUAAAUUACACCGGACCGCUAAGAAAUGAUAUGACUGGUUUCUAUAAAAGUUCGUACUUGCAAGAUGGCAAAAAAAAAUGGAUAGCGGUGACUCAAUUCGAGCCUACUUAUGCUAGACGCGCAUUUCCAUGUUUCGACGAGCCAGCAAUGAAAGCUAAAUUUAAAGUAUCGAUAAAACGAAAAGUAGAUCAAAUAGCUUUAUCCAAUACUCCAAUAAAUGAAAGAACAAAAGAUGAGAAAGGAAUGUUUACUGAUCAUUUUGAACAAACGCCCCUCAUGUCACCAUAUUUAUUAGCAAUGUUCGUUGGUGAAUUUGAAGGUCGUAGUGCAGGUCAAAAUAUAAAUGUGUACACACAUCCAGAUUAUUUAAACCAAACAACAUAUAUAGUACAUAAAGCAGCGAGUUUACUAAAAGCAAUGGAAAUUUACACAGGAGUAGAUUAUGCUUUAAAAAAAAUAGAUCUAUUAGCUAUACCUGAUUUUGAAGCUGGUGCCAUGGAAAAUUGGGGAUUAAAUACUUAUAGGGAAAGACUUUUAUUAGUAACAGAUAAAUCAAAAACAAAAAGUAAAGAAUUAGUUACAACUGUGGUGCAGCAUGAAUUGGCUCAUCAGUGGUUUGGUGAUCUAGUAACUUGUGAAUGGUGGGAUAAUACUUGGCUAAACGAAGGAUUCGCCACUUUUUUUGAAUAUUUUGCUACACAAACGGUCGAACCCAAUUGGCGACUAGAAGAUACAUUUAUUCAUGAAGUUCAUCAAACAGCUCUCAAAGCUGAUCAAAAUCCAAUGCACCCUAUGAACGCAUUCGUUAAGAGUCCAGAGGAAAUUAAAAAUAUGUUCGAUGUUAUUUCCUAUCAAAAAGGUGGUUCUGUUCUCAGAAUGAUAAAAUAUAUUAUUACUGAAAAAUUAUUUAGGGAAGCUUUACAUAAAUACUUACUGUCUUAUAAAAAUACAACAGUGAAACCUGAAAAUUUGUGGAGCAAAAUUGAAAUUGUUUUAGAAGAUAAUAAUUCAAUUAUAAUAAAAAAAAUUAAUUUUAAGGAUUUUGCUAAUUCUUGGAUAGAUCAGUCAGGAUACCCAUUAAUUACUGUCAAUAAAACUGAUGAUUCAUUCUUUGUAACGCAGAAAAGAUUUUUCAUAACACCACCAAAUAAAAAUGAUACUCUUUACACGGAUAGAGAUACUAAAUGGAUUGUUGGAUUAACAUAUACAACUAAAAAAGAAUUAGAUUUUAACAAUAAUGAUAUAAAAUGGCUUAAACCUAAUGACACGAAAUUAGCUAUAACAGGAACAAAUGAUGGUGGAUGGUAUAUAUUCAAUCUGAAAGCUUCAGGAUUUUAUCGAGUCAAUUAUGAUAAUGCUAACUGGUAUGCCUUGAUAAAACAGUUAAAUGAAAAUCAUACAGUCAUCAAUGUAAUUAAUCGUGCUCAACUAAUAGAUGAUGCACUAAACUUAGCAAAAGCUGGUUUGAUACAUUAUAUCAUACCAUUAGAAUUAUCUACUUAUUUAGAUAAUGAAAAAGAUAUGUUGCCAUGGUAUUCCGCUAUGGAGGAAUUUGACUUUUUGUUGGAACGAUUAAGAAGAGACGAGUCUGGUUACAAUAAUCUAAAGAUAUACGUGAAACAAUUAGCAGGAAAAAUAUACACUUAUGUUGAAGAUCUUAUUGUAAAUAAACAUACUACAGAUCAUAAAAUUAAAACAAGUUGGGAUACAUUUUCGAGUUGGGCUUGUCGCUUAGAAAAUGAACAUUGUGUUGAAUCUGCAAGAAAAUACUUUAAUAACUGGAACAAAACAGGAGAAAUUCCGGUUGAUGUAAAAGACUCAUCUUGGUGUAUUGGAGUAAAGGAAGGAAACUCAGAUACUUGGGAUAAGUUAUUAAAUAUUUACAAAUCGUCUGAUGAUCCAUCUGAAAGAUCUUCUGCUCAAGUGGCAUUGGCUUGUUCCAAAAAUUCUACGCAAUUAUCGAAAUAUUUAGGUUUUAUUUUAGAGGGUGAAAAUGGACCUAUUCGUCAACAAGACUUCAUAUUCAUCUAUAGAUCACUGGGAUCAACACAGCAAGGGAUUACAGCUAUGAUUGAUUUCCUAACUAAUAAUAUGAAAAAAUUAUUAUACGAUUUAAGUUACGGAGAAGAAAUAAUAACUUCAAUUUAUUCUAUAUUAGUAUCAAAAGUGUCAAGCGAUAAAGAAAUUGCUAAAGUGAAUGAUCUUAGAAAUAAUAAUGAUUUACCAUCAAAUAUUAAAAAAACAUUGGAUAAGUUGUAUAAUCAGAUAGACGAUAAUAUGAUCUGGUUUAAUAACAAUUAUGAACUAGUUAGUAAUUGGGUUGAGAAAUACAACGAAGAACAUCGGAAAAUUGAUGAUAAUACAACACCAACACCAUCAAGUUCUGUUAAAAAUUCUCAAGUUUGCGCGCUCGUAUUGAUCAUGGCUAUUUUAUCAUGGAUGAUAAAAAUAUACAACUAUUUGUGUGAGCGUUGUAAUAUGUUCAAGUUAAUAAUAAUAAUACUGUUUCUUGGAACUAUAUUCCAAGGAAAGUGCGAGUUAGAUCAACAUGAACUUUAUCGAUUGCCUGAUGAUACAUUCCCGCUAUUUUAUGCUAUUCAAAUUAUACCAGAUCUACAGCAAACUAAUUUUCCAUAUUUGGGCAAUGAAGAUAUUAUUAUUUUGGUAAGGAAAAUAACUCAGGUAAUAACAUUAAAUGCUGUGGAUUUUGAAGUAGGAGAAAUAAAAAUCGUGGAACAUGAGACUCAAAAAUCAAUCAAAGUUAUUGGCCAACAAUUUGAAGAUUAUGAAAUGCUUAAAAUAUAUACAGAAACACCAUUAAUUAUCGGUCGUAAAUAUCAUGUGAAAAUUCCAUUUCAUGGCUUUAUAAGAGAAGAUAUGACUGGAUUAUUUAGAAGUUCAUAUAAAACAAAUGGUUCUACACAAUGGAUUGCUUCAACUAACUUCGAGCCAACUUAUGCUAGAAGAACAUUUCCAUGCUACGAUGAGCCUGCCUAUAGAACACCUUUCCAAAUUUCUGUUGGGCGUCAUAAAAAUCAAAAAACCUUAUCUAAUAUGAAUAUCAAUUCCACUAUUGCUAGUGAAUAUUUUGAUUUUGAAUUGGAUAUUUAUGAAAUAACUCCACCUAUAUCAACUUACAUGGUUUCAUUUUAUGUCGGUAAUUUUAAUCUAUCUAAAAAUUUACCGUUGAAUCCUUCAAUAUCAAUUUACACAAGAAAAGGUUUUGGUUCAGAUGUAGAAUAUGUCUUUGAAGAAAUUCCAUUAUUAAUUGAAACAAUGGUUAACUUCACUGAAAUACCUUACCAGUUCACAAAAGUAGAAUUAAUUGCUUUUCCUGAUUUUAAUAGCGCUGGAUCUGAGAAUUGGGGAUUGAGUGGCUACAGGGAAAGCUAUUUAUUUAUUAAUAAACAAUCUACUGCCAUGGAUAAAAUUAAAGUUACUAAAACUCUCCAACAUGAACUAGCCCAGCAAUGGUUCGGUAAUUUAGUAACUUGUUCAUGGUGGGAUAAUCUUUGGUUGAAAAAAGGAUUUGCCAUAUAUUUUCAGUACUUCGCCACUGCAACAGUAAAACCCGAGUGGCGUCUCGAUGAAUUGUUCAUUAUUGAACAACAUCAAACUGCACUAGCUUCAGAUCAAAUACCAACGCAUCCAGUAAAUUGGUCUGUACAAGGUACAGAAGAAAUUGAAGAUAUUUUUGAUCAAAUAAUAUUCAACAAAGCUGCAGCCAUUUUAAGAAUGUUGAGGAGUAUUGUGGGAGAUAAUUAUUUUCAAAAGCCUUUAGUACAGUUUUUAAAACAUUUUAAUUAUAGCUCAGCAACUUCAAAUCAUUUAUGGGCAGUAUUUGAAAACUAUUACUUCGAGAAGGACUAUGAAGUUAAUGGUGACAUGUCUUUUUCAUUUUUUAUGAUGUCUUGGACGGAUCAACCAGGAUAUCCUGUAAUAAAUAUUAAAAAACAUAACGAUUCUUUUAUAAUUACUCAAGAAACAUUUUCUAUUAUUCCAUCAAAUAAUGACAAGAAACAGAAAUGGUUUGUAGGCCUUACAUACACGCAUCAAAAAUAUAAACAAUUUGGUAAUUUAACACCAGCAAAAUGGAUGAGAAUAACUGAUGAAACUGUAACUAUACCAAUUGAAGAUGAAUUUGAUUGGUUUAUUUUCAAUUUGCAAUCGACUGGAUUUUAUAGAGUCAACUAUGAAAAGGAUAACUGGUUUGCAUUAAUUAAUCAACUGAAUAAUGCAUGUGAAGAAAUCCACGUUCUUAAUCGAGCACAACUCAUAGAUGAUUCUUUUAAUUUAGCUAAAGCAGGAUUAUUGAACUACUCGAUACCUUUUGAACUUUCAAAAUAUUUAGAAUACGAAAAUGACACCAUACCUUGGUAUACAGCAAAAAAUAGUUUUUCUUAUCUAAUAGAUAGAAUGCGUCGUAGUUUAAAUGGUUAUAAUUACAUAGAGAAUUACAUCAGAAAUUUGGCAGAAAUUAUUUAUAUUAAAGCUGAAAGUACUAUUCUAACGAACAAAACUAAGGAUUAUCAAUCAUUGUCUAGUUGGAACGUAUUUUCAUCAUGGGCCUGUUCUUUAAAUAGUAAAAAGUGUAUUAAUCGCGCAUUAUCUUACUUUGAUAAAUGGAAAGCGGGAAUAACAAUACCUGCUGAUAUUAAAGAUGUGACAUUUUGUAUGGCUGUCAUGCAUGAUAAAACUUCAAGAACUUGGGAAAGAAUGUUAAAUCUUUAUGUAAAAACAAAAUCUAUAUCAGAAAAAGAUUCUGCUCAAACAGCACUCACAUGCACUCUUGUUCCAGAAUUACUAAAUAAGACUUUAUACUUUAUUUACGAAAAUGAAAAUAGUCCCAUUCGAUUGCAAGAUUAUUACUCAAUAUACUCAAAAAUGGCAUCAACACCUAUAGGCAUAAAAGUACUAACUGAUUUCCUAAUGAACAAUUUAGAUAUACUAUUAAGAAAAAUUUCUACUGGUGAUAAAAUUGUAAAAUAUAUCUAUGGUACUUUAGCAUCAAAAGUUACCUUGGAUAGCGAAAUACAGAAGCUAUACCAAUUAAAAUCAGUAGAUAUUUUAUCAAAAUCGAUUAAAUCAUCAUUUGAGAAAUCAUAUCGCAUAACAGAGUAUAACCUUCAUUGGUUUCACACUUAUCAUGAGUCUGUUAACCACUGGUUAGGUGUUCCAACUGAUCCUUUACCACCAACGACAGAACCCGAAGACUAUGAUUAUGAUUCAAGUUCUUCAACAAGCUUAUAUUUCCAAAAAAAUAUAAUUAUUAUUAGCUAUGUACUAUUAAUCUCAAUUUUAUUGAACCACAAAUGCUUAAUCAUGUUGUUAGGAUUUAUAUUAAUUAUAGUAAUAUCACAAUUUUUAAAUGGGAUUUGCUCAUUUUUACCGAAAGAUACAAUCCCAAAAUCUUAUUGCCUUAGUAUACUACCUAAUCUCGAAACAAAUAAUGCUUAUUUUAUUGGAUUGGUAAAAAUAAAUAUCCAAACACAAAAUACUACAUCAAUAGUGUUUUUAAGUUCAAAAAAUCUAACACUUGAAUCCUCAAAUAUCACUGAUGUUGCAACCCAAAAAAAUGUUCCAGUCAAGAAUUUGAUAUAUUUAACAGAUCAUGAACAAGUUAAGAUUCACUUAGAUUAUCCUUUAAUAGCAAAUCGAGAAUAUUCAAUUUCUAUUAAAUUUAAUGGCUUACUUAGAAGUGACAUGAGUGGAUUUUAUAAAAGCAUAUAUUAUGACAAAGGCGUGAUGAAAACUCUAGCUGUCACUCAUUUCGAACCAACAUUUGCAAGAAAUGCAUUUCCUUGUUAUGAUGAGCCAUCCUAUAAAGUUCCAUUUAAUAUAACCAUUGGAGUAUUUAAUAAUCAGUUAGCAUUAUCGAACAUGCCAAUAUCACAUACAACAAACAAUAACUAUUUAGAUCACUACAUUUCGACACAAAAUAUUUCAUGGAUACAUUUUCAACAGACACCACCAAUACCAACAUACUUGGUAGCAUUUUUUGUUGGAGAUUAUCACAAUUUAAAUACUAGUACUAAAGUACAAGUUUACACCCCUCUUGACUAUUUGAAACAAACUAAUUAUGUUAUAAAAAAAGCUCCAAAACUUAUCAAAGCAAUGGAAAAGUUUACUGGAAUUCCAUACGAUUUGCCAAAGUUAGAUUUAGUAUCUCUACCUGAUCUUGGAUUUAAGGCUAUGGAAAACUGGGGAAUGAAUACUUUUCGAGAAAGGUUACUUUUAAUACCAGACAAUGCCAAAACUUCGAUUAAAGGGGCACUUACAACAACUAUUCAACAUGAAAUAGCACAUCAGUGGUUUGGCGAUUUAGUUACGUGUGACUGGUGGGAUUACACGUGGCUAAAUGAAGGAUUUGCUACAUUUUUCGAAUAUUUUGCAACGGCUACAGUAGAACCUGAAUGGCGAUUAUUAGAUUUUUUUUUAAUAGAAAAACAUCAAAGUGCAUUAGGACUUGACCAGACUCCAAAUCACCCUUUGUCUGUUUCAGUACUUACACCCAGUGAAAUUUAUAAUAAUUUUGAUGGAAUAACAAACAAUAAAGGAGGUUCAAUUCUCCGGAUGUUGUAUUACCUCGUAGGUGAAAGUGUUUUCAAAGAAGCGUUGAAGCUUUAUUUAACUAAACAUAGAUAUGGAACAGUAAGACCAAAUAAUUUAUGGGAUGCAUUUGAAAAUGCUCUUUUUAUACAAAAUAAGAGACUUUUGGGAGGCCAAACAGUUAAUAAUAUAAUGGAUAUUUGGACCAAACACGCUGGCUAUCCUGUUGUAAAUGUUGAAAAGGAUGAUGAACAAAUAAAAUUGUCACAACAACGGUUUUCAAUACAUUCGCAAAAUAAAAAUGAUUCAACGAAAUGGUUUAUUGGCAUUACAUUAACAACAAGCUCAAACAAAAAUUUUGAAAAUUUAAGUACAAUUGCGUGGAUGAACCCAAAUGAGGACACUGUAAUACCUAUAGAAAGUAAAUCGAAGUGGGUUAUAUUAAAUUUGCAAGCAAUUGGAUUCUAUAGAGUAAAUUAUGAUAAAGAAAAUUGGCUAGCAUUAAUAGAACAACUUAAUGAAUCUUUUAAAGAUAUACAUGUGUUAAAUAGAGCUCAACUUAUUGACGAUUCCUUUAAUUUAGCAAGAGCGGGACAAUUAGAUUACAACAUACCUUUAAAUUUGAUAAAAUAUCUAGAAAAUGAAGAUGAUGUUAUUCCGUGGUAUUCAUUUAUAAACAACUACAAUUAUAUUUUAGAUAGGAUGAAACGUAGUAAAAUAUAUCCUGAAAUUAAGAAUCAUGUUAAAUAUUUAGCAGGGAUCAUUUUCAAAAAAUUAAAGGAAAUGGUAGACACAUAUAAAGAUUACGCUAUAGAAGUAAGUUGGAAUUCAUUUUCUCAAUGGGCAUGUCAAUUGGAAGAAUCGGAGUGCAUAGUAACUUCAAAAAAAUUAUUUCAAAAUUGGAAAAAUAAUAUUGAAAUACCUGAAGAUAUAAAAGACGCAGCACUUUGUGUAGGCGUCAAAACAAGCUACACCACAGACAAUUGGUAUUUAGUUUAUAAUUUGUACUUGAACACUAAAUCUUUACCAGAGAAAUAUUCUGCACUUAACGCAUUGGCAUGUACAAAUGAUAAAGCACAAUUAAAAAAUUAUGUAGAAAUGAUUUUACCCGAAAACAAUGGAAAAAUUCGCCAACAAGAUUUCAAAACUGUUUUUAAAGCAGUAGCAUCAACGACGUUAGGAAUUGACGUUCUAUUAAAUUUUCUUGACGAAAACUCUGAAAAAAUAUGUAAUGAAUUACCCAACGGUGAAAGUGUAGCAACAGACUUAUACUCAAUAUUAGUAUCAAAAGUGUCUUUGGAUACUGAAAUAAAUAAGAUUAAUAAAAUCAGACAAAAAGAAAGUAAUUCAAUAUCACUAAGAAAUAGUUACAAUUAUUUGUUCAUAGAAAUUCAAAUGAACUUAGAUUGGUAUAAUUCUUUUUCAACUGUUAUCAACGAAUUUGUGAAACCAGGUUCCACUAAUGAUUCAUCAACUAUUUCUCCAAUAACUACACCUACGCCAAAUGGUGAAAAUCGUUUAACUAAUACUUCAACUAGUCUUACUCUUUUACUAUCCAUAGCAUUAGUAAUAUCACUAAAGAUGUUUGUAUAAAAUUUUUUAUUUAUUUUUUACCAACAAAUAAAUAUAAUUAUUUUCCAUUAACUAAAUUAAAAAUUUAUGAACAUUUUUUAUAUAACCAUUAAUUUUAUUUAUAAGCAAUUACACCUAACUUUUAUUUUGAUUUUAUUAUAACAAUUAAAACAGUCGAGGUUGUAUAGUAUUUAGUAUUAAAAUGUUCCAAGAUAUUAAAUUUAAUCAUUGAUUUAAAUGUAAUUAAGUUUAAUUUUUAAAUGAUUAUACAGCUUUUAUACGAUUUUACCAUAUA